ACCUCUCUCGCUCUUUCGUCUUCCACCCUGGAAUCAGCGCCCUCCCAUCCUCCAUGGCCUCCCUCGGAGUUCCUUCUAUCUCCCUCAGCAUCCCAAGCUCAGGCAAAACCCUCUCUCCUCUCCCGCAAGCCCGAUCUCUAAAACCUUUCCACUUCUCUAUUCCAAACCCUAACAAACCCCCCAAAGUAGCCGCUAUCCCCCGCCGUCACAGCAUCACCGCCUCCCUCUUCUCUAACAAGAAGGACACGUCUUCCUAUUCGCGACCAACUAAGGUUCAGGAGAUGUACGUGUACGAAAUCAACGAGAGGGACCGCAGCAGCCCGGCCUACCUCCGCCUGAGCCAGAAGGAACACAAUUCCCUCGGCGAUCUCGUACCCUUCAGCAACAAGGUUUACCACGGCACUUUGGAGAAGAGGCUGGGGAUAACGGCAGGGAUCUGCAUCCUGAUCCAGCACGUCCCGGAACGUAACGGGGACCGAUACGAGGCGAUAUAUAGCUUCUAUUUCGGAGACUACGGCCACAUAUCGGUCCAGGGGGCGUAUCUGACCUACGAGGACACGUACUUGAGCAUCACGGGCGGGUCGGGGGUUUUCACUGGGGUUUACGGGAAGGUUAAGCUCCAUCAGAUCGUAUUCCCGUUUAAGGUAUUCUAUACUUUUUAUCUCGAGGGGAUACCGGAUAUUCCCGAGGAGCUUUUGGGGAAGCCGGUGCCGCCGUCCCCGGCCGUCGAGCCCACCCCCGCCGCCAAGGCCGCGGAGCCCCACGCGGCCGUCAAGAAUUACACCAAUUAGUUUGCUGGCUGGAUGGCAAAUCAAACAUCUUAGUAGUCUUGUUACAAACCUGGGGUAGGAUUGGUGGUUGUGUUUAUCUGAUGUAUUCUUAUCUAUCAGGCUGGCGAAUUAGUGUAACUUGGAUUGUUUUAGAGCCUUUCUUAGGAAACUUUUUUUGAUUCCACCUUUCUGUUGGUGUAUGUCUAUUCUAGUUCUAGUUUUAGUCUGUUAUAUUUCAUGAAUACCGCUACGGAUCAUCUGUUUUGAGUGAUUACUGAUUAAUGCGGUACAGGGGGGAGAGAUGAUGCCACUUAGAGCUCUGGAUAUCGUUCAAUUAAUCAUCAAGUUCCACAUGAA